AUUGUUGAGUGAAGUAACGAUUUGAAUGUUGGCUCCGGCUGAUGAUGCUUUGGUUGGCGAAGCGUGGUACGCGUUUCGUCCGCUCACAUCGUCACGAUACACCUGCAUUUCAACCUUCGCAUAACUGUCCACCGAUCCCACAUCUGUAAUGAUUUCCUCAUUUCUACAACUCGCUGACCGAGGGCGACCCCGACUCAGUUGGUGGCCAGAUUUCUGCGCAGCGACAGCCGGAAACUUCAACCUUGCGUUCGCCAGUCAACGACGUGGUCAGUUGCCACCGCCAUCUGGUAGCUUCUCCGCUGGGCAGGCCGCUCACACCAGAGAUCGUGUGCCGUAUCGCGAGUGCGAGGUGUGUAUGUUGCGUUUCGAGCGGGACCACCGCACCACAUGCGGAGCUCGGGGUGCUUCAUGGCGCAACUUUUGUUGGGCGCGAGCCACCACAUCUGCCGGAGCCACGAGAAUAGAGCGGGAUGGCGGCAUCUUUCCUCCUCCAUUGGUGUCAUCAAGGAGGGAUGCAAUGUCGCCGCAGGUGUCUCGCUCACGAAGCCUGAACUGCCCACCAGAAGGCUACUUAAGUCGCGGCUUGAGGCGGACUCAUUCUCGAAUUUCCCGAGAAACAAACCCUCUCUUUCCCGACCUUCGUCGUAACAAUGGCAGACGCGCAAUGUUGCUUCAAUCAAUGCGGCAAGCCCGUAACCCCGACUCAAGACGGCGUGAAGAGUCACCUCGACCAGGUUCAUGGAAUCAACUUGCAAUCUCCGGCCGACUGCACCUGCAUGUGGGGGGGCUGCAACAGAAAUGUUCCCGGUUCUUCACUGGUUCGCCACGUUCUCGCCCACCACGUGAAGACAUAAGAGCGUCGGUGCUGGCCCCCCAGCUUCAAAAGAAAGCACGACAACGCGCAGGCCCACUCGCCUCUGUAAUACAAUACGUCCUAUCAUAGCACCAAUCUAUAAUCGUGGUCUAAGUUCGUCAUGCCAGAUGCAUUGCUGCCCAAGUAGCUUCAA